AGCUGCGGGCUGCAGGCGAGAUGGGCGCGCUCUGCCGGGCUCUGCUGGUGCUCCACCUCUGCGCGCUGACUCGGGCCGCCUACAAAUUCUGGGUCCCCAACACCAACUUCGAUGACGCGACCAACUGGAGCCAGAACCGGACCCCGUGCGCCGGCGCCGCCGUGGAGUUCCCCGCGGACAAGAUGGUGUCGGUGCUGGUGCAGGGGUCCCAUAGCGUCGCGGACAUGUUGCUGCCUCUGGACGGGGAACUGGUCCUGGCCGCAGGAGCGGGCUUCAGCGCCGCGGACACUGCCGCGGGCCGGGACUGCGGCGCAGGUGCGCCCGCACGUUUCCGGGACCCGGACCGCUUCUCCUGGCUCGACCCGCGCCUGUGGCGCCCGGCGGAUGCGGACGCGGCGCGCGGCCUCUUCCUCGUGGACACCGAGCGCGUCCCGUGCCGCCACGACCACGUGGUCUUCCCGCCCGACGCCUCCUUCCGCGUGGGCCUGGGCCCGGGCGACACGCGCGUCCGCAGCGUCUCGACGGGGGGCCAGACCUUCGCGCGCCCCGAGGACCUGGCGGCUUUGCUGGCGUCCCGCGCCGGCCGCCUGCGCUUCCACGGGCCGGGCACGCUGAGCCUGAGCCCCGAGCCGUGCGGAGACCCGUCGGGCUGCGAGUGCGGGAACGCGGCGGCGCAGCCGCACAUCUGCCGGGCGCUGCUCGGGCCCCUGGGCGGCAGCUGCGCCCCCGCCGCCUGCCUGGACGCCCUCCUGCCGGCCGGGCAGUGCUGCGGCCUGUGCGGAGCCGUCGUGUCGCUGGCCCACGGGCCCGCCUUCGAGCUGGAGCGUUACCGGGAGCGGCUGCUGCGCGACUUCCUGGCCCUGCCCCAGUACCAGGGCCUGCAGGUGGCGGUGUCCAAGGUGCCCGGGGCGCGCGAGGCCGACGCGCACAUCCAGGUGGUCGUGCGGGACGGCGGGUCCGGCGGGCCCGCGCCGGGCUCUGCGGGGCGGCUGGCGCGCGCGCUGCUGGCCGACGUCGCGGAGCAAGGCCCGGCCCUCGGGGUGCUGUCGGCCAGUGUCCGCGAGUCGGGCGCGCCGCUGCGGGGCGGCUCCGCGGCGGGACUGUCGGGGCGCGGCCGGGCCGCGGCGCUGGGGGUCGGCCUGGGCGCCGCGCUGCUCCUGGCGCUGCUGGCCGGGGCGCUGCUGCUGCGCCGUGCGCGGGGGCUCAGGUGGAGGCUGCGGGACGAGGCGGCCCCCGCGGCGCCGCUGGGCUUCGACAACCCCGUGUUCCACGUGCCCCCAGAUCCCCCAGCCCUGCCCGCGGACCCCCGGAGCAGCAGCCACAACUACUUCAUUAACCCCUUAUUUGCCGAGGCCGAGGCUGAGGCCUGA